UGUAUAUAUAGUACAUGUAGGUAGGUAGGCAGGUAGGUAGGUGGUAUAUAAUUACAUGUACUCCAUCUUCAGAUGUGGUGACACGGGGUACAGCACACAUACAUACGUCCCAUUACAUACCUACCGCCUACAUAUAAUAUAUAAUCCUCCAUUAUGAUUUGUCAAAGAGACCUAAGCAACUGCCGUUCUUGACGAGCACUUCGCAAUCCCCAUCUGACUAAGACUGACAGAGCCUGCCUCCUUAUACCUACUUGCGCAUUAUCGACGAUGCGCUUUAAUAGUUUUGAUAGAAUAGGUAUUGGGGGAACUGAAUGUCUGCAUUAGAGCUUAGUUAUGUAUUACCUGCAAUACGUUUAUGUAUUAUACAUGUACCUACAUAGUAUGUAAACCUAUUACCUACCUAGGUAUGAAUUUACAAUGGAUGUAUGUAGUAACAACCUCGACCCCCCGAGACAAGGGAUUUGAAGAUCAGCCGUUUCCGACCAACUGAAGCGCUGGCAGCUUUGUUGCCUCCAUAUUUCCUUCCCACGAAACGGGAACCUAUCGGCAAGCCAGUUACACCUCGUCAGGGCCAUGUAAGAUACCGCUGCUACCUAUGUACAAUACCAGUAAUAGUUUAGUGCUACCUAGUACUAGUUAUGUAUAUGUAUAUACUUUCUUAAGAGAUUGUGCGGCGUCAGGCUGCUUGGAUCCCUGGUUUUAUCUUAUGUGUCAAUUGGCAUCUUCACCGCCCGUGGAUAACAAGGCCAGCCAAUGGCAGCGGCGAGGAGAAGCUUGUUUUUGUUUCUGUUCCCUCGUUGAUCGUACAGUUAUGUGUCGCAAGAGCGGGCGGUAUAAUAAUAGGGGAAACUCCAAUCUGUCGUAUGUAGCAGCCUUGCGAGCCACACGAUCAAUCCUGACAGGUCUAUCGGAAGCUAUCCGCAGGGAACGCACCCCGCAUACUUUUGGUGGGAUCUGGUGCAUAAUGGUACCUACCUUAUGUAUUAUCACUGCGGGCCUUGGCCUUCCAAUCUAUCGAAUCAGGCCAGCACAAUGGCACUGUAGGGUUAGUUAUGUACAGCUCACGUGGCGGCGGGAAGAUCGUAGGCAGCCAAGGCACCGUUUCGAAGGCUCCAGCAAAUGUACUGUACUUGUUGUCGUCUUCGGGGCAUCAUUGCUCUUCAGGGACACCGACGGCAACGUCGCUGUACAUUAUGCUUUUGCAUCCGGUUACUAGGUAAUUGAGUGACUUUUGAUUCUAUAA